GGAUCAGAGCAGGAAGGGGAUGUGAGAUAGUUACAGUUGUACAGUGGACAGGGCAAGAUCUAACCAUUUCAACUCCGUGUCUGCGUAGAAUGACUGUGCUUGAAUGGACAUCCGCAUCGAAAGAGUAAUCUUUUUAUGAGAGCAACUGUUGGAGAACAGGAAUCCCCAAAUCUUCCUUCAAAGCGUCGUUGCGCUCACUUUGACUGAUAUUAUUACAGGGACUUCGUGGAAACUAGCAGCUACGGGAGUUAAAGUGGAAGAUCCUUACCACUGUCUUUGCUCGCCUUUUCGCGAUUCACAUUUUGCCGAAUUUGCCUUGCUGCGCUUUUAUUCCUCGUAGUGAGACAAUCUAUCGUCUGGAUACGCGCUGCGUUUGCCAGAGAACACCACUAAAUAUAUUUUUUUCACUACGAUUGUUGGAUGCACCGAUGAGAGAUCCAGUUUUUACAGGGACUGCGAUGGCUUACCACCCUUUCCACGCUCACCGGCCGACCGACUUUCCCAUGUCAGCUUUUCUCGCGGCCGCGCAGCCCUCCUUCUUCCCGGCGCUGACACUCACAAAGCCGAUCCCGGACCAUACCCUCGCCGGAGCCGCGGAGGCUGGGCUCCAUCCGGCUCUGAGUCACCAUCAUCAGGCAGCUCAUCUUCGCAGCCUUAAGAGCCUGGAGCCAGAGGAAGAGGUUGAAGACGAUCCAAAAGUCACACUGGAAGCGAAGGAUCUAUGGGACCAGUUCCACAAAUUUGGAACAGAAAUGGUUAUUACGAAAUCUGGCAGGAGAAUGUUUCCACCUUUUAAAGUCCGCAUCAAUGGACUCGAUAAAAAAGCCAAGUAUAUUCUAUUAAUGGAUAUUGUGGCUGCCGACGACUGCCGCUACAAGUUCCACAACUCUCGCUGGAUGGUCGCGGGGAAGGCCGACCCGGAGAUGCCAAAGCGAAUGUAUAUACAUCCGGAUAGCCCAGCUACUGGGGAACAAUGGAUGGCUAAGCCAGUUGCUUUUCAUAAACUGAAGCUAACCAAUAACAUUUCGGACAAACACGGAUUUACCAUUCUGAAUUCAAUGCAUAAAUACCAGCCCAGGUUCCAUAUUGUGAGAGCCAACGAUAUUCUGAAGCUUCCGUACAGCACUUUCAGGACAUAUGUUUUUCCUGAGACCGAUUUUAUUGCUGUCACAGCUUAUCAAAACGACAAGAUAACACAGCUGAAGAUUGACCAUAACCCCUUUGCCAAAGGCUUCAGAGACACAGGGAAUGGAAGAAGGGAAAAAAGGAAACAACUGACCCUUCCAUCAUUACGCAUGUAUGAGGAUCAAUGUAAAGUGGACCGUGAUGGCGCGGACUCUGAUGCUUCCUCAAGCGAACCUACAACCGGCAGAGAUGCUGGUCAUUCACCUGGACCGGUUUCCAGCCCACUUAGAUUUAACCGGAGCAGCAGAGACGAGAAAACAUGCACUGACAGUGAGCACGAAUUGGACCAACAAGACGAGCUGUGUGGUGGCUCCAACAGUCCUGGGCCAGAGCCUCCAUCUCCAUUCAGGUCGAAAUGUGAGGACCGGGACCGGGACCGGGACCGGGACCGGGACCGGGAGAGGGAGAGGGAGAGGGAGAGGGAGAGGCCUGUUUUGGAGAAGAAAGACGAUUAUCCGGACUCCGGAAAAUCAAGCGAUUCCAUAUUUAGCAUAAGAAACUUGGAGAAAGACAAACUAGAGAACAGGCAGAGGAAAGACACAGACUUGUCAAAGAAGGACACGGAAAACUGUGGUCUUAGCGGCAGUAAAGACAGCUUCUCUCCUCUAAUGGUACAGACAGAGAGUCCUUCACAUUUUGGGGCAGGGCACCUUCAGAGUUUGGCGUUUUCCGGCCUACACAGUCAACAGUUCUUUAACCCACUAAACACCGGACAACCUCUAUUAUUCCACCCCGGACAAUUUGCAAUGGCACCUGGAGCGUUUUCAGCCAUGAGCAUGGGACAUCUAUUGGCUUCAGUAUCAGGAGCUAGUGGCCUGGAGAAUGUAAGCCUGUCGGCCCAGGGAACUGGGAGCACCCCGAGUCCUUUCCCCUUUCAUCUGUCUCAACACAUGCUUGCCUCUCAGGGCAUUCCGAUGCCAACCUUCGGUGGACUUUUUCCGUACCCCUACACCUACAUGGCCGCGGCAGCUGCAGCGGCCUCCGCCCUUCCCGCGAACAGCAACACGGCCUCCUCGCUCUCAAGAAACCCGUUCUUGAGCAGCUCCACUCGCCCUCGACUGCGAUUCAACCCUUACCAGCUCCCCGUGUCGAUCCCUCAAAGCACAAACCUGCUCACCACCGGAUUGCCAAGCGGCCUAAACCCCUCAUCCGAAUCGUCUAAAUGCGGUAGCAGGGAAUCGAGUCCUGUGCCUGAUCACAAAUCGGGGGCGAGUAAGAGAAACGGCUCACCUAAAACAACAAUGAAGGAAUCCAUCAAUGAACUUCAGAACAUUCAGAGACUAGUGAGCGGCCUAGAGAGUCAGCGGGAGACUUCCUCACCUAGGGAUUCGCCCAAGUGAUCAAGCAUCUCCAAACCUAUCCAGGGCAUGACUUGAAUUGCCAGAGGAUUUUAUUAAGUGGUUCUCUGAGAGAAAUUUCAUUACGUACUGUUUUUGCGCAUGGAUGACUUGAGUGGAAAAAAGCAAACAGCAGUCAACAAGUAACAAUUAAUAAAAGAAAACGUUGGACUCGGUGCUCUUGAUGGGAAAGAUCUGCGUAGGAAGCGCUGCGAAGACAAUCUAUGGUGUAGCCUAAUUGACUCUUUAUAGAACAUGCUGACAAGACCACACCACAGCAAUCUAUUUAAAAAAAAAGAAAAGAAAGAAAAAAAGGAAUUUACAAAUAAAAUACUUUUUUUGCGUAACGUCAGUAGGACCACUGCUGGUUGCAAUAGCGAAAUGGUGAUUCACAUAAAACCUGUAGACUGAAAACAUCCAAGCUACAUCCAAAAAGGAAAAUAAAAAUAAAAAG